AUGGAAACCGCGCCAAAGGGCCUGGUAGUAUAUCGCAAAAAAGAGUUGACCGAUGACGGCUUUUACAGCGUCGCUCGCAAACCCUCAAAAAAGGAAGCCAAGGUCGAAGGUGCCAAACAAAAGGGAGCCGACAAAACCGACGUAGCCAAAGAGCGGAAGGCAUGCGGUUGCGGCGGGAGCUGGCACAAGUGCUUCAGCAACUGUAUGGGAUGCGGACGCAUCCUCUGCGUCAAUGAAGGCGAAGGCCCAUGUUUUCACUGCGGAACCCACGUAUUCUCUGCAUCUGAGCUCCACAAAGUCCCCAAGGAGCACGCUGAAGAUCCUGAAUUCCAGCAGGCUAUGGAAUUGCGCAAAAGGUUAUUAGCUCUCGACUCUGAUUACUCAAAUGAAGCUCUGAAGGUACACGACUUGCACACCGACUGGUUCCGCGAAGCCAACAGCGUCUACAACGAGAACGCUGCAUAUGCAUUGGAGCAGUAUUACAAAGAGGAGGCCGCGAAACGCGAAGAAGCUGAAAUACGACGUUAUGACCUCGACCUCGGUUCCGGCACAAUCGCAAGUGCGGCACCUCGCAAGAAGUAA